CCAGGUCAGCAGCCCCCGCCGCCGCCGCCUCAGCAGCAACAGAGCGGGCAGCAAUACAACGGCGAGCGGGGCAUCUCCAUCCCGGACCACGGCUACUGCCAGCCCAUCUCCAUCCCGCUGUGCACGGACAUCGCGUACAACCAGACCAUUAUGCCUAACCUGCUGGGCCACACGAACCAGGAGGACGCGGGCCUCGAGGUGCACCAGUUCUACCCGCUGGUGAAGGUGCAGUGCUCCCCGGAGCUGCGCUUCUUCCUGUGCUCCAUGUACGCGCCCGUGUGCACCGUGCUGGAUAAGGCCAUCCCGCCGUGCCGCUCCUUGUGCGAGCGCGCCCGCCAGGGCUGCGAGGCGCUCAUGAACAAGUUCGGCUUCCAGUGGCCAGAGCGGCUGCGCUGCGAGAACUUCCCGGUGCACGGCGCCGGCGAGAUCUGCGUGGGCCAGAACACGUCCGACGGCUCCGGGGGUCCGGGCGGCGGCCCCACGGCCUACCCCACCGCGCCCUACUUGCCCGACCUGCCCUUCACCGCGCUGCCCCCGGGGGCGGCUGAGAGCAGGGGCAGGUCCUCCUUUCCCUUCUCAUGCCCCCGGCAGCUCAAGGUCCCCCCCUACUUGGGCUACCGUUUCCUGGGCGAGCGCGACUGCGGCGCCCCGUGCGAGCCUGGCCGCGCCAACGGCCUCAUGUACUUUAAGGAGGAGGAGAGGCGCUUCGCCCGCCUCUGGGUAGGCGUGUGGUCGGUGCUGUGCUGCGCCUCCACGCUCUUCACGGUGCUCACGUACCUGGUGGACAUGAGGCGCUUCAGCUACCCCGAGCGGCCCAUCAUCUUCCUGUCGGGCUGCUACUUCAUGGUGGCCGUGGCGCACGUGGCCGGCUUCCUGCUGGAGGACCGCGCAGUGUGCGUGGAGCGCUUCUCCGACGACGGCUACCGCACGGUGGCGCAGGGCACCAAGAAGGAGGGGUGCACCAUCCUCUUCAUGGUCCUCUACUUCUUCGGCAUGGCCAGCUCCAUCUGGUGGGUCAUCCUGUCGCUCACCUGGUUCCUGGCGGCGGGCAUGAAGUGGGGCCACGAGGCCAUCGAGGCCAACUCGCAGUACUUCCACCUGGCGGCGUGGGCGGUGCCCGCGGUCAAGACCAUCACCAUCCUGGCCAUGGGCCAGGUGGACGGGGACCUGCUGAGCGGCGUGUGCUACGUGGGCCUGUCCAGCGUGGACGCGCUGCGGGGCUUCGUGCUGGCGCCCCUGUUCCUCAUGGUGCGCAUCGGCGUCUUCAGCGUGCUCUAUACCGUGCCCGCCACCAUCGUGCUGGCCUGCUACUUCUACGAGCAGGCCUUCCGCGAACACUGGGAGCGCACCUGGCUGCUGCAGACCUGCAAGAGCUACGCCGUGCCCUGCCCGCCCGGCCACUUCCCGCCCAUGAGCCCCGACUUCACCGUCUUCAUGAUCAAGUACCUGAUGACCAUGAUCGUGGGCAUCACCACCGGCUUCUGGAUCUGGUCUGGCAAAACGCUACAGUCGUGGCGCCGCUUCUACCACAGACUCAGCCACAGCAGCAAGGGGGAGACUGCGGUCAACUGAACCAGAGGUCAAGUGACUCCCCGAGGUGGCAGUGAAGGUGGCAGUGACUCAGCAGCUCUGGCAGGAAUAGACUCCAGGCCUCACCCCAGGGAAAGCCUCAGAAGCCACUGAAGCUAUUCUUCCCUCUUGUCCCAGAAGCCGACUUUGGAAUCAGAUUAGACUGAGAAGCCUUCGCUAUCCAGGCACUUUGAUAUUAAACAGUCCCUCGGGGAAAUGAUAAAGGCAUUCUUAAAUACUUCCAAUUUCAAGCCUGCUAGCUUUUUUUUUUUUUUUUUCACCUGCCUCUCUUCUUUAAUUCAGGUGCUGUUUCCUGGCUUUUCACAAUACAGUUGCCUCAUUCUCAGGCGGCCCUGGAGACCCAGCAGUAGCCUAGAUGCUGCUGUUUUUCUUCCCUUCCUCGGCUCUAAGGUUCUGCACUUCUAAAGCCCCACAGAAACAGUUCUGUUUUUGUUUUAAUUAACAGGCUCACACACAUGGCUGGUGCACUUCACAAAUACACAGAGUGCAAGCCAGCGACAGACGGUCCUCCCCAGGAGGAGGAAGUCACGCGGCUGCACUCUGUGCAGAGAGCAGCUCUAAGAUCCUCCUGGGUUUGAGCAUCACAAUGGGUGUGAGGUCACCCUCACCUGGGAAGAUCUGGGCAUCUAGGAAGGCAAAAAAUAGCCACUUCUAGUCUCUUAAGGUUUAUCCAGUUUUUGUUCAUAAAAUGACACCUUUUAGGUUAAAGCAUGCUUUUUCUUUUUAACACCACACUAAUAUGGCCUAUUAA